AUGGAGAGAGUGGGUGAGAAUGGGGAUAUUUUGGGUGAUGGUAAUGGCGAGAGUGGGAUAUCUUGUAACAAAAUGACAUCAUUUGAAGAUGUUGAGGUUGAUGAAAGAGACUUUGACAUUGGUAGAAGUGACAUUCUAUUGUCACCACCUGUUAGUGAAGAUGAGGAUGGCAGCUGUGUAAUGAUUAAGGUUGAAAAACCAAACCCUGAUUUGCCUGCUAAGUUUUACAGACUCUACAUGUCUCUUGCAACCAUGAAGAAAAGGUUCUUGGAAGGUUGUAGGCCUGUCAUAAGCCUAGGCGGGUGCCUUUUGAAAGGAUCCUACAAGGGAAUAUUAUUGGCUGCGUGCCUAGUUUCAGAUCUUGGUUCACAUGAGAGGCACACUUCUCAUACAUUCAUUUCUGAUUGGCAAAAAGGUCUUGUUCGAAGUUUUGAUAUUGUUAUUCCAAUGGUGGAUCAUCGAAUAUGCGUACGGCAUUUAUAUGCCAACUUUCGAGAUAAUGGGUUUCGGGGGGCGGCUCUGAAGGAAUUGUUGUGGAAAGCAUCAUCGUCUUAUACUGAUGUUGACUUCAGAAUACAUGUGAAAGAAACUAAGAGAAUCAGUCCUGAUGCCUUUAACUACCUAGACAAGGUUGACCCCAGCGGAUGGUCACGAGCAUGGUUCAGCGAAUCUCCCAAAUGUGACCUCCUUGUCAACAAUAUCUCUGAAUGCUUCAAUUCAUAUAUCUUAAAGGCUCGUGACAAGCCUAUUUUGACAAUGCUUGAAAUGAUUAGGAAGCAGCUCAUGAGAAUGUACCAACUUAAAAGAGAUGGCAUUAGCAAAUUGAAAGGUAAGCUGUGCCUUAGAAUUGUUGAAAAGCUUGAGGCCGUUUGUGAAGCGGCAUCGGAGUGCCUUUCCCAUUUUUCUAGUGAUGGUAUGUUUGAAGUGAAGCAAGGAAGUAGGCAAUAUGUUGUGGAUAUCCGAAAUAGGAAAUGUGGAUGCAGGAAGUGGAAGAUGACUGGGAUCCCAUGUGCACAUGCUCAUUCUGCCAUAACCUUUCAUGGACAUCACCCGGAGGAUUAUGAAAAUGAUCUUGUUGGACUUAGAUUGCCAAGUUGGAACAGGCAACCGACAGCACCCAGACCACCACCACCACCACCCAGGAAAGAGUCUGGCAGAAUCAAUAACAAAUUUUGGACAGUUCCAAUUAAUUCUCAACCUGCUGUUUUGAUUGACCUGACUGCUAAGUCUUUUGCUGCUGGAGAUAUAAGAUUGAAAGUAGUUGGAUUGACCCCAAGAACCCCACAAGUUACUGACAGUGGUGUAGUGGCAACAUCCUCAACAGCGGCCAAUGGAAAAAGGAUGGUUUUGGUAUGCAUGUUGGACAAAUUUGGACAGGUUUUGGUUUUGAUUUGUUUAUGA